AACAGAGAAAAGAGUAGAGUUGGACACACACUGACCCAGGGAGCUAGGGGGAGCGAGCCAAAGGGGACGGUCCGGUGAUGCUGUGUCCAGCCUCCUGUUUUCCUCUGCUGCGGGAGCUCCCCCAGUGGCCCUGCCUGCUCAGCUGGUCCCCGUGUCAGAAUGGGGCCGUGGAGGCCUGGCAGAGGACCAGCGCUGCUGGGGUCACAGAGGUCGUGCCGCCCAUCUGUCCCGGCACACCUUCAUCCUGGAGGAAGUCUACAGGGGAUGGCUGCAUCCAGUCACAGCUGGGAAACACAGACCACCAGAAGGAGGUAUCAGAGCUCCAGCCUUGCACUUGCCCCUACAGCUCGUCCUGCCAAUGGCAGGGGAUUCUGGGAAGCGUAGUUCCUCACCUGAUCCAAGCCCAUCAGCCCAUCACAGAUCAGGAAGGUGAGGAAGUCCUCUUCCUCAUUAGCGACAUCAACGUGCCGGACAGGGUAGACUCGGUGAUGCUGCAGUCCUGCUUUGAGCAGAAGUUUGUGUUGGUGGUGAAGAAAGAGGCUGUGGUGCGUGGCAGCCCUACGUCCUUCUUUGCCACCGUGCUGUUCGCCGGCGUGAGCGACGAGGCCGAGGGCUUCGUCUACCGCUUGGAGCUGAGGGGCAACCGCCGGCGGCUCAUGUGGGAGGCCGCACCACGGGCCAUCCAGCGUGGUGGCCUGGCCAACGCGGUCACAGACUCGGACUGCAUGGUGUUCGACUCCGCCGUGGCCAACCUCUUCACAGACUCGGGGAAACUGGGCAUUCACGUCUCCAUCUCCAGAUCUUGCUCCAUCGCUGACCCCACCUCAAGAGCUCAGGAACUCCUCAAACAUAGACACUCGACAGGGAAGGCAGAUCCAGCCCCCCUGAUGCAGGGUACAAUAGCCCAAACCCAAAGGCCAUGUGAGGCCGGGCACUUUGACCUCAGUGUACCAUAAACACGGAAGAAAUUGAAGCUGUUUGAUGGCUACUGGUGAUGGAUACUAACAAUGAAGGGAAAUGAAUCAGGAUCUUUUUCAGCACUGUUUACCACUGUGACUCAGGUUGCAGCCAAGAGGACAGACAACAAUCUGCCAUACAUGUAGAUUCAUCUCUCUUCUCUUAAUAAUUGAUAUCUAAUUCUAUCUUAUUUUAAAAACUAACAGCAUUUACCUGAAUCCUGUAUUUCCAUGGCAAAAACCAGGAGAACCUACCUCUUAUGUCAGCAUUGUACGGCAACAGGGUAUUGGAGUGGGCACCGUGUGUUUUGAAGAGAUCCUCUUAAUCUUCUACUCUGGAUUUUGUAAACCACUUUAAAAAUGUGAAACUCGUAACAUACCUUUUUGCUAAGCCUCUUACAAGGACGAUUUGUCCAUUAAUGGACUGUUACAACUCUUUCCUAACUGAACAGAAAUAUCUGUCUUCAUGUCGAACAAUAGGGGACAAAGUUUAGGUCAAGAGUAGAUUAUUUAGAAGGGUUAAUAAAAUAAUACAUUUAAUAUGUAUUAUAUGUGUUAUAAUGCAAAUAAUAUCUGUUAAAAUGUGUUCUUUAAUAUGAUUAAAAAACAUUUCUAAUCUUUUGUUUACCAAAAUAAAGUAAAAUGUUUCAUCAUUAGAGUUCUUAUUGAAGCUCUGUGGAAAUAACUGCUCAUAAUCAGAUGCAACAUGCGUUAAGUUUCAUAUCUGCUGCUGGAUGCCUGAGCCCAUCCUUUUGAGAUAAUCCAGUGAUUUAAUAUGGUAUUUUUGCACACACUUACUCUGAGCCAGAGAGGGUUAAAGCGGAGUGGAUAGUAAUGAAGGAUCUUUGUUUGAGCCCAAUCAAAUUC